AAAUCGAGUGCGUGGUCCCGGCCGAUCUUAUCAGUGAAAAACAUUGGUCCCUCCCGAAUCCCGAAAAGCUCGUUAUUAAGAUCUUACAGAAUAGAGUCCGAGAGUCUUUGGAGAAGUUCCGAGAGAUCAAGACAAGAGAAGAAUGCGUUUUAAGAUCAUCAUCGGUUAAAAGAAUGCGCGGUCACGCUAAAUAAUCCGAUCGGUAAAGUUAACUAGACGCGCAAUUCGAGACGAAGGAUCCACGAUCCCGUUACAUCCCGGCCAUCCUGCAACCCGGUUGAAGGAAGUGCUGCGGGUGAGCCGGUGGGCUAACGGUGAUGGCAUGAGGACAUUAGUAAAGACGCGUAGCGGGUCCAGCGAGGAGGAGGAUGAGGAUGGUGGUGGGCGUGAUGGUCCUUGGUCAGCUACUGACGAGGAUCUUGCUCGCGGCCCACGCAGGAGAUCGCCUCGCGGCAGCUCGAAGAAUUCUAAGGGACGUGCCACUGAUAGAUGGGCACAACGACCUACCCUGGAACAUACGGAAGUUCCUGAAGAACCAGCUGAGGGAGUUCAGAUUUGAUGACCUAAGUGGCAUUCAUCCCUGGUCACGGAGCGCUUGGAGCCACACGGAUCUCAAGAGGUUGAAACAGGGCAUGGUCGCUGCGCAGUUCUGGUCCGCGUAUGUGCCCUGCUCGUCGCAGCAUCUCGACUCGGUGCAGCUGGCCCUGGAACAGAUUGAUCUCAUUCGACGACUGGUCAACAAGCACUCGGACAGUAUGGUCCUCGUUACCACGGCGGAAGGUAUCGAGAGGGCGCACAAAGAGGCUAGAUUAGCGAGCCUGAUAGGGGUCGAGGGGGGCCACGCUGUCGGAGCGAGUCUGGCGGUCCUGAGGAUGCUGUACGAGCUGGGCGCCAGGUAUCUCACCCUCACGCACACGUGCAACACGCCUUGGGCAGACUGCAGCACGGCGGACGAACCCGGUCAAGUGCCUCAAAUCGGUGGUCUCUCGAAUUUCGGCAAGAGUGUCGUGCUGGAGAUGAAUCGACUUGGGAUGAUGGUGGACCUAUCUCAUGUCUCGGUGCCCACGAUGCUUGCCGCCAUGACGACGUCGAGGGCGCCCGUGAUUUUCAGUCACAGCAGCGCUCACGCUCUUUGCAACUCCUCGCGAAAUGUGCCUGACCACGCGCUGCGACUUUUGGCGCAGACCGGUGGUAUAGUUAUGGUAUCCUUCUACCCCCAUUUUAUCAGCUGUGGCGAGAAAUCGACGCUCGAAGAUGUGGCAGCGCACAUCAAUCACGUGCGGAAGAUAGCCGGGGUGGAUCACGUCGGCAUCGGGGCUGGAUACGACGGGAUCAAUUUGACACCAACGGGUCUGGAGGACGUCAGCAAGUACCCGGAGCUCUUCGCGGAAUUGCUAGCGCGUGGAUGGUCGGAGAAAGACAUCCAGAAGUUGGCUGGUCUGAAUCUUAUACGGGUGUUCAAGGCGGUGGAACAGAUUCGCGACAACCUGGCCGCGGAGGGUAUGGAGCCGCUGGAGGAGGAGAUCCCGCAGGAGGAUAUAAUCGGCCGCGAUUACUGCCGUUACAACAUAAAGCGUCUGAUGGCGCCUUAAACUGUCGGAAUCCUCCUGGCGAACGCCGCGCAACGUAACCCGCAAACGGCCGAGUGAUCGAAACGGAGAGAUAAAUCCUGGGAGAGAAAGAGAGAGAGAGAGAAGGGGGGGGCAAAUAGAAGGACAGAGAACGGAAGGCAAAGGUUCACUGCCCCAGCGGGAGUAAAACUCACCCUUUACAACUUUACCCCCAAGUUCGCGAACCCGCGUCUCGCCCAGAGACGACACGUAGAUAUGCACACGUUCUCCUCCUCUCUCUCUCUCUCUCUCUCUCUCUCUCUUUCGAUCCCUCUCGACGUUACCCAUGCUUCUCAUCUUUGUACGUAAGUAGGUAGAUAAACUCGAUUUCCGCCGGAGCCACGAGAUGCGAGCGUUCGCGAAGGAUAUCGGGGCGGUCAGUGGAACGUCGGUGCCGCGACUAAAGGCACGACGCCGUGAAUAAAAAUUGCAGUUGGGUCGACCAGGCGCGUUAUUCCUGGAGACGAAGUAACGUCUGACUCGCUCGUUUCACCUCCCGUCGCUUUUAGCUCCCGUCGCUCGACCCGCCUGACGCGAGUGAAAUUAUAAUUGUCUCAGCGUAUCUGUUGCAUGUAAUAUGUGUAUGCGUAAUCUAUGUUUAUAUAUUAUACGCGAGCUUCUCUUAUUGCGCGUUAUUACCGUCGCCGCGGCGAUAUUCCGGACGACGACGCUCCGCGACAAAUGUUCCGACAGCCUGACGUCUCUCGGGGGGGGGGGGAGGAAAAUUGCAGCAGCUGAUUGAUCAAUUGUGCCUAAUCGCUUCUACGUCUGCGCAGAGACUGGGGAAUGCCAUUGAGGAAAUUUGAUUUGAACCCGACCGACUUUGCCUCGCGUUUGAAAAGAUAUCGUCGUAUUUAUUAACCGUGUCCGCAGUCUAAUCGAUAAUAAGCAAUAAUAACGGUGCGUCGUGUAUUAAUGAAGCGAUGGCCCAUUAAUUCGAAACUACCCGCGAGUAGUGCUAUUGUAGUGCUAUUGAUUACUCGAACGGGCUAUUGGCGAGGCCAUUGUACAAUUUAAUUACUUACCCCUAGAAGCAAAAUCAAAUGUGUGCUGUAUGAUGAAAUGCAUGCAGAAUUACGCUAAGUGCGCUCGAUAACACCAACGUGCAAGCUUUACAGUAACUCAAAUUGCUGUUCUUGUCCAUCGUAAUCGCUCGCCUGCUCAUUUAAAUUAUUUAAUUUAAUGCCUAUUUGCGUCAAAGAGCAAACGCCCCCGGUCCGCUACAGUCGGAAUUCAACUUUGGACAAAUUUUCGCAAAUAAGAGUGCAGGAUUUUGCGCGUAAAACGAUUGAAAACCACCAUGGUAUCCAAUUACAGUGCUGCGGUACUGAUACGUACACUCGUCAUGCGAUAGUCAAGCGAGAAAGCGUGUCUCGCGUGCCCCGCUGGUAAAAGAGAGCCGAUUGGCUGUUAGUCGAGCUGUUAAUGCGGCUGGGAAAUGACUAAAAGCGACGGGCGAAACGUUCGAAAUUGGCGCGAUAACGAGGCGGAAACGUACACCUUAUCACUGCGAUACGAAGACCAACGCGUUUGUAUAAACGUUUAACAAUUUAGCCACGGGCAUACUCGAUGUUAAAAAUUUGUACUCAGCGAUUUCCUCGUCGAAGCCGGAACCAAGAAAAAAAAACACUGUCCUAGUCAAUAAUUAUGCUACGUAUACAUCACGACCGAUUACUUACGACGAAACCGUACAGUUUUGUCGAUUAUUCGAGUGCGAGUGGACGACCGUUGAGAAUGUAAAAUCGUGUACGAGAGAGAGAGAGAGAUACGAGUGCUUUGCGUGCGUGUGUGAACCUGUACAUAUGGUACCUGAAGUCGAAAAACAUAUUAUUCCUCCAGCACGUCAAGCCGGCCAUGUUGGAUCGGAGAACCAGGUCACCGAGUGUCCUCGAUCCUUUUUAAUCUAGACGCAAAGAGCGCGCGCCAAGUCGAUGGGUAGCUAAAAAUUUACGUGUCUCGAUUGUAACUGUCUGUUUUUUUUUUCCAUUUUACUCUCCAAACCCGACCUCUCGACCUCGCCGGCCGCGAUUCCAGAUGGUGGGCUUGACCAAAUCGCGAUCAUCGGGGAGCCACGAGUUGGGGCUAAUCGCGGAAGCGACUCUGCAGCGGCGUCGACCAACGUCGGCGGGCACGUUGCUCGAUAAAAUGUAAUAAGCCUUUCCUACGAUUUUGCACGAUCGAAGUUGACGUCGCCGUAUAUCGCGCGUAUACGUCGGCGCGUGUCGCGAAUUGAACGAAUGAACUUUUUUAAUUCCUAUACCGCGGCCAAUACCGCACCGCCGUACGCGCGAUUUCCGACGAGUCGCAAGGUAUUUUUAUCUCGCGCCGCGGCUCUGCUCUCGCAUAAACUGUUUUGCACCAAAAUUUCAUCAUAGCGGAGAGCUCGGUGAUUACAUCGGAGCCUCGAAUGAACGCAUCGAUUUCCCUUGUGCCACGACGAUAUGGUCGUUAAUUCUCCAUUGCGUGGCAAAUUCUAUUUCGACGCGAAUCGUUUAACAAAAAAAAUAGCGAAAAAUGUGUCGGAAACGCAUUUGCGAGUUACGUUUUUAUCCGGAAUAGAGGACAGAAAUUUCAUUACGUUUUUACCGGGCGAUGUUACGCCCCGCAAAGGGCACGCGGAAAUGUUGAAAAUUUCAGAUUACGUCGUUUAUUUCUAUUGUUGAAGUGCAACACGAUACAAUCGAGAGUUGAUCGAGUCGGUCCCUCGCGCGGAACCUCGUUCGGCUAAUUUUAACGAUCAUUCUCACGCGAGCGGAACGGGAUCGACGGGACGCGAGUCUCGUAACUAAUAUCCUAUAAGGUUUCGAAAGUUACUGGUAUCUAAAAUAAAUCUCCACGGCAAAUCGGACGCCGUCGUUGCAAAA